AUGGACGACAACAUUCAAAGAUUCUCAGAAUACGGCUAUUACCAGAUUGGCCGAUAUAUUGAACAGUUUGCGAUAUCGCCUUUACUCUUCCAUAUCGGAAUCGUUGUGCUCGCUGGGCAGUCAUGGCGCAUACUCUUAGCUGUGGUGCACCGAGCCAUCCGCAUUCUUUUCAGAACGCUUGGUAUGUCCUCUGGACCGCCAGCCUUGCCGUUCUUUGUUAUUGCAAACCAUACCUUCUCUGUGGUUAUGAGCGGCACUGAUCCUAUCACGGCUUUUCACAACAACUGGCGAUCUGGAUCGAGAUCAGAAGAAGCCUCCACCGAUCAAGGACGAACAAAAAGCCUCCUCCAGCCUCCAAGAAAGAAGAAAGACGCCGUCGCCGCCAAUCAAUCCAACCAGUCAGCGCACGACGAAAUGAAGUCAAUGUUCGCCACCCUUAGCCGCAGUCAAGGCGGUACCGUCCACGACGCCAGCAAAGAUCAACACGAUCAGCUGAGCAGGGACGUGCCAAAAUUUGUCUCAGACGAAGAGUUCGCCUACUGGUUUGACAGAUGGGUGCUGCCUAUGCAGCUACAUGAAUUGGAUUUCGAUACAACGUUUGCAAAUCUCCAGAAGCUGUUCUCCUCUAAGAAGACAUUGAAAAUGAGAAGAUACGAGUGCCUUAAGGUUACUUGUCCGCCGCUGACACAAAGGACACGCUGUUUCGGGAGAAGUCGACUAUACGGCGAUGAAGACGUUGCAAUUGCGGGUCUUCAGGAUCCCACACUGCGGGAAUUUUGCCUUAGGAUGAUUCGCCGUUUGGACUCACAUGCGGAGGACACUCCACUGACAAUUGAAGAUUUAGUUAACGAACUUAAAAAUUUUACCACGUUGAAAAUGGACAAGACCGACAUGGAAGGAAUACACAACAUCCAUGCUGUGUGGAAAAAAAGUGAAAUGCUUCAACUACGGAGGUCCACAUUUCAGAAGCAAAUGCCCUCUCCGCCCCCUCUGGUCAGAAGAGGCGACGCAGAACAGAGACUCAGCCCUAUCGCAGAAGACAGUGCAGAAACGUUAUCGUUUGACGCCGUGGAUGCAAAGAUCCAUCUCGACGUCGUUAUCAAGGGUAUGAUGGUUAAAUUUUCUCCGACUAGGAUUAGAGUGGUGCAUCCAGUUGCCGACCUACAAGGAGUUGAAGAGCAAGUACCAUUGCCGGAAGGUAACCCGAGAGAAGAGUUUUGA